AUUCGAACUACAUUUCGAACGAAAUUUCGUGUUCUUCAAUAAACGAAGAAUUAUAACCGGAAUGCAAAUUGUGGAUUUCAACGGUGAUUAACGUGAUUUAGAAUAUUAAACAGGGAAAAGACAUGGACGACUCGGGGUAUGAUUCGCCAAACGCUCACGGGAAAAAGGUGCAUUUUGUCAUAAAAAGAAAAGAAUCAAAUUCGCUAGUUAAUGUAAUUGCUGCAAGCGACGAAAUUUUAGCAGAUGCAGUGCGACGAAAGAACCCGAACGUAAACAUGAAAAGCAUUGUCUUUGGAGCAAAACUGCGUGGCCACGAUCGAAAUACUGCCGUAAAUCCGUUUCUCUUGCCAUGUCAUUUCAUUCAAUUCGGCACAGAAGUUUCGUGGCAAGAUUUAGGGGACGAAACAAAGUUAUACGAUAAGGACCCGGGACUGAGUUCAGUGUCGAGUUGUACUAAUGCCAAGCACGGGCAAGCUCCGUUUUUUGUAUCAAUAGCUAACCAAAAACACAAGGAGAACAUAACGCAUAUUAAUCGCCAAAAACUCGGACCUUUCGAAGAUAUUUGUGUCGUUGCCAACCGUGGUGAAAGUUUCGAACAAGCAUUGAUCAGAGAUGGUCGAUUUAGGAAUGUUCAGCGUUUUACUUUAAGUCGUAAGCUGCCUGGCGUAGUAAUAGGAUGUGAGAUCGAUAAAACCGAUGAGCGCGAUGAUUAUGAAGAAAACUUGGUUCUUGAAGUUAAGUUAGCAAAGUCGACAAAUACUGAGUCCAAAUCUCUCGGCCAGAACAAAAGAAACUGCCUUCUUUUGACUUCAGAAAUUGCAUCAACAAGUGGUGAGACGUCGACGGCAACCACGAUGGAGGAGGAACCUAGAAAGUACGAUCAUACUAGUUUAGAUCAGUUAACUGAAAAGCUGUGCAGGGAAAGCGGAAUAUAUUAUUAUUCCGAAGACUUUUGCGAGUUGACGGCUUCCGAAAGACGACUUGAAAUGGAAAGGUGCUUACGAGCUCGUGCAAUGUGUACCUUGCUGCCCCCGAAUGAGAGAAAAGAAAACCAUCUCAAGAGUUCCCUUGUCCAGCUUGUUGCAACUCAUUUCUCGAACGUAAACAUUGUAGCUCGCCCAGUAGCAUUCUCGAAAAUAAUAUGCCAUUUCUACGAUUCGGUGGGCUACUUGAAGUGUGGAGAUGUUAAUGCCACGUGUUUUUUGGUCAGUCAAGAUAUGGUUGUCACCAAUUUUCAUGUUAUCCGUCAAAUCCAAACAGCGCGUGAAUCGUCGACUCCAAACGACCACUCGCAUAUAUACGUGUACUUUGGAUAUGAAAGACCAGACCAGGAGUCUCGAGAGCGAUAUAAAUUGGCCCCACUUCAAUGCGAGGGCAAUAUUGUAUAUUCUGAUGCGUUUGACUAUGCAUUCCUUCGCACGGAGGAAUGUGUUGAGGGCAAGUUAACGCUGGGCCAAUUCGUGCGUUGCAACGUGCCACGUAGUGGAAUUGUCAGUAUUGUUGGCCAUCCUGGCGGGAAGGAGAAACAAGAGGAAUUAUGCGCGAUCUUGCCUUCAUCACAUCAGGACAGAAUGUCGUCCAAUGACACGUUAUUUAUGUAUCGAGAAAAUUGUAGAAGGGACCUCAGUGGUAUUGCCCUGACGUACGACGUUGGUUCAAUGUUCGAAGGGUCCAGUGGGUCUCCUGUGUUUGAUAUGAAUUGCCAGAUCGUUGCUCUUCACUCUAUGGGCUUCCAAAUUGAGAAUUCCAGGCUCGUCGAAGCUGGCGUGACAUUUAAUGCCAUAAUCCUUGAUUUGCAUGCAAGAGGAUUUGAUGAGUUUGUGAGAGAGCAUUUACCAUAUUGUUUUGAUAUUAGUAUGGACAUUGAUUGAUUUUAAGUGUAAUAUUAAGGCUAGUUUCUACUCAGGAAAAUUCUCCUUUGGAUCGGACAGGACAGGAAAGUUUCCUUUGUAUA